CGUACCCCACUUCCUAAAUUGAGUGGUCUCGCCUGCCCUUUCCGUCCAGAGAACGGGGAAAGGAGUCCCAAACGGGAGGGACGCCAGCAUCCUCCACUGUGGGGACCCCCAAGCCGAGAGGGGCCCAGAACAUCAUUCCCUGACCCCCUCCCCCUUUGGAGUCUUCACCCCGGAUGCCUGGGGGAGGGGGCCCAGGAAGGGGAAGUGGCCGCUUCUGCUUCUGAUAUUUGUGAUGGGGGCAGGGUGUCACGAUCGCUGAUGGAGAGGCCGACGCGGCAGAAUCUCCACCCGGCUCCUCCAUAAUCAGGGGAGGGGGCAUUGCUGAUCUGGAGCCCACAGAAGGGGGGCUGUGGCAGAAGUGUGGCAAGGUCUGACUUGUAUUUCCGGCUGUCUUUGUGUCUCUGCUGUGCAUGUCUAGUGUCAUUCGGUCUUUAUGUUCCUCUGGUUUCAUUCUGCCCAUAUGCGUUUGUGCCACAGGCUCUGUGCCGAUCUCUCCCACGUGUAUUUCCAUCUGUCUGGCCUGAGGUCCAUGUGGUUCCAUUGUCAAGCUGGCUCUCUCCCCAGGGACAGUGUGGCUGCAUCUGGGGCAUCUGUUUUGUCUCUUUGCUUCUGGGCCCAUGUGUGUGUGGGUGUCUCUGUUCCUCCGAGCAGCUGUCCCAGUGCUGGGUUGUGCCUGAGUCCAUCUGCCUGCCCCGAGUUGGCUUCACCUCAGGCAACACUGCCUCAGUCCUGACUCUGACAUCAGCCCCCAUCCCGGACUCUCUACAGGUCCAGAACACUCUCUGUCUCUCUCUUCCCAACCUCCAAACAGCUGGCUAAGAGCCAUGGUGUCGGGGCCUCCGUGGGUGGAGGGAGGCUUUGAUUGGCCCAUGUAUGACACUCCCCUCCCCCAGGGCUACCCCCGGCUCCAGAGAGCAGGAAGAGGUACAGUGACAUCUUCCGGAGCCUGGAUAACCUCGAGAUCUCCCUGGGGAACGACCCUUGAGAUGCUGCCUGGAGACCCCGUGCUCUCAGGAGACCCAGAGUCUGACAAGACCCCCACAGCCAAUGAGACCAGUGAAACCAGCCUUUGGAGUCGCCCCUCCACGGAGGGUCCGGCGCCCUUUACAGGGGAGGAGCUGGACUUGCGGCUCAUUCGGACCACUGGCGGCGUGGAUGCAGCUCUGGAGUAUGCCAAGACCUGGAGCCGCUAUGCCAAGGAGCUGUUGGCCUGGACAGAGAAGAGAGCCAGCCUUGAGCUGGAGUUUGCCAAAAGCAUCAUGAAGAUCGCCGAGGCUGGCAAGGUGUCAAUCCACCAGCAGAACCACAUGCCACUGCAGUACAUCUACACCCUGUUUCUGGAACACGACCUCAGCCUGGGAGCCCUGGCCAUGGAAACAGUGGCCCAGCAGAAAAGAGAUUACUACCAGCCCCUGGCGGCGAAACGAACUGAGAUUGAGAAGUGGCGGAAAGAGUUUAAGGAGCAGUGGACGAAAGAGCAGAAGCGGAUGAAUGAUGCAGUGCAGGCGCUGCGGAGGGCCCAGCUCCAGUAUGUACAGCGCAGCGAGGACCUGUGGGUUCGCUCCCAGGCGUCCCCCGAGGACCCGGCACCCCAGGCCUCCCCAGGGCCCAGCAAACAGCAGGAGCGGCGGCGGCGAUCUCGAGAGGAGGCCCAGGCCAAGGUGCAGGAGGCCAUGGCGCUGUACCAGAUGUGCGUCCGCGAGGCCAACGCGCGGCAGCAAGACCUAGAGGCCGCCAAACAGCGGAUCGUGUCACACGUGCGCAAGCUGGUGCUGCAGGGGGACGAAGUGCUGAGGCGGGUGACCCUGGGACUGUUCAGGCUCCGAGGGGCGCAGGCAGAGCGGGGACCCCGCGCCUUCUCCGCCCUGGCCGAGUGCUGCGAGCCCUUCGAGCCCGGCCAGCGCUACCAGGAGUUCGUGAGGGUGCUGCAGCCCGAGGCCCCGCCACCCCCUCCGCCGGCUUUCUCCUUCCAGGAGUUCGUGCCCGCUGCGCACAGCUCUCCUCUGGACGCAAGAAAGAAGCUCUCCUGCCCCCCACCACCACGGCUGGAUGAAAGUGCCUCGGAGGCAGGCCCCUGGGAGGAUGCAGGCACAGGCUGGCAGGGAACUCCAGGCCCAACUCCCGGUGGUGAUGCGGACAGUGUGGGUGGUGGCAGCGAGUCCCGGUCCCUGGACUCUCCCACUUCCAGCCCAGGCUCUGGCACAAGGCGGUUGGUGAAGUUCUCAUCCAUAGGCACCGAGUCCUCAGAUGACUUUGAAGAGCGAGACCCUGACCUGGUAGAUGGGCUGGAGAAUGGCCUAGGAAGCCCCUUCAGGAAGUGGACGCUGUCCAAUGCGGCCCAGACCCACCGGCUGCGGCGGCUCCGGGGCCCAGCCAAGUGCCGCGAGUGUGACGCCUUCAUGGUCAGCGGGACCGAGUGCGAGGAGUGCUUUCUGACCUGCCACAAGCGCUGCCUGGAGACUCUACUGAUCCUCUGUGGACAUAGGCGGCUCCCAGCCCGGACCCCCCUCUUUGGGGUUGACUUCCUGCAGCUGCCCAGGGACUUCCCGGAGGAGGUGCCCUUUGUGAUCACCAGGUGCACAACCGAGAUAGAACAGCGUGCCCUGGGUGUGCAGGGCAUUUACCGGGUCAGUGGGUCCCGGGUCCGCGUGGAGCGGCUGUGCCAGGCUUUUGAGAAUGGUCGAGCAUUGGUGGACAUGUCAGGAAACUCGCCUCAUGAUGUCUCGAGUGUUCUCAAGAGAUUCCUCCAGGAGCUCACUGCCCCCGUGGUCCCCUUCCACCUCUACGACGCCUUCAUCUCUCUGGCUAAGACCCUGCAUGCAGACCCGGGGCACGACCCUGGGACCCCCAGCCCCAGCCCUGAGGUAAUCCGCUCGCUGAAGACCCUCUUGGUGCAGCUGCCUGACUCUAACUACAGCACCCUGCGGCACCUGGUGGCCCAUCUCUUCAGGGUGGCUGCACAGUUUGAGGAAAACAAGAUGUCUGCCAACAACCUGGGCAUUGUGUUUGGCCCAACAUUGCUGCGGCCACCGGAUGGUCCCAGGACAGCUGGUGCCGGCCCUGUCACCUGCCUACUAGACUCUGGGCACCAGGCCCAGCUCAUUGAGUUCCUCAUUGUAUACUACGAGCAAAUCUUUGGGAUGGACGACCUCCCCAUGGCCACUGAGCCCCUGCCCCAAGACCCCAGUCCAGCCCCCGGACCUCUCCUAAACAACAACCCCCAGCCACCACCCUCUGACCUUGCUCCAGAUCCCCUGCCCCCAGUCCUAGCAUCAGACCCCGACCCAGACCCUGAGCCCCACGGUACCUUGGAGAAGCAUCCUGAGGCCACACCUCCUGAGAUUCCAACUCCACAAAGUGACCAGAGAGACAUGGUUGAGGACACCAGAGAGGAGGGAGGGGAAGUGUCCAGCCAAGGUCCAGAGGACUCACUGCUGGGGACACAAUCCCGUGGUCACUUCAGCCGUCAGCCAGUGAAAUAUCCCCGGGGCGGCGUGCGGCCUGUCACCCACCAGCUGUCCAGCUUGGCCCAGGUAGCUUCCAAAUUGAGCGAAGAGACCCCUGUUGCAUCAGUGACCCGAGGGAGUUUGCGGAGGCGGGGACCUGGUCCUCUCACCUCCUCGCCUGAGGGCAGCCCUCUGCGCCGCACACCACUGCCCAAGCAUUUUGAGAUCACCCAGGAGACAGCCCGGCUCCUGUCCAAGCUACACAAUGAAGCUGUGCCCAAGGCCACCUGUUGUCCAGACCCCCAACCUGAGGAAGUCGAGGACCAUCUCUGACCAUCCCAGCAUUCUGACUGAGGAGUAAAGGACUGAGAGGGUGUUCAGUGUUGCGGGGGUGGGGGUGGAAUCUGGAGAGUUUCUGUAAGGAAAGACUACAUGGCCUGGGAGACUAAAAUCCUUGUUGGGACAAUAUACCAGGAUUCCCCCGACUAGACACAGGUCACUGCCCAUUAGGGCCACUCAGGUUCAGAGGUGAGUUGGGGUCAGUACUCAGGGUCAAUACAAGUCCUGGGAUCCUUGGUGUCCACUGUAGUGUCUGACUCCUGAACAGGGCUGCCUUUUGCUACUUUGGAUGUGGCCAGUCCCCCACUUCUGCCUACUUCCUUAGCUGACCUCCGGUGACCAGCUUUUGGAAGGUGUGGGCAGCCCGGACUCGACAUCCUGGUGGUACCCGGGGUCUGAUGACCUGGGAAUAAACUGGGUCCCUUAUA